AUGACUCGUCUGCUGAAUAUCUUCGCAACCAUCGCCGGUGUCCUGAGCAUCCAGGCUGAUCCUUUCGCUGACGAUCUAGUUGCAAACUUCACGGCUCUCCUUGGUAAUCCGGAUGUCCACAAGUUCAUAGACAAAGCCCUGAUGGAUGCUCCUCCACCGCCUAACCCCAAUAGUCGUGAGCUGGAUGAGGUUCUCGGAGACGGAGAUCUUGCAAGUGGAAGGGAUCGCUACCGGUUCUGUUCUAAAUGCAAAACUAUUCACAGUACGGCCAUCAACGCGUAUUUCUACCAGCAGAUCACCGAGAUUUGCGAGGGAGACGGGAAUGCUGACUCCUUACCCACCUACGAGUUUUGUGCUCACCUCAAGAAGAGAAUCGCCUCGCUCGAUCAGAUCUUGAACGGUUACAUCUUCGUGCGCUCGCGUGCUCUUCAACUCGCAACCUCUACAUGCAUCGGCACUAAUCAGUGUCCGACCAAGGACGCCUACAAUGCUUUUUUCAAUCCUAUCGUCCCCGGACGACUCAUCGACUUCACCAAGCUCGACUACUGCCCAUGUGAAACUUUCCCCAAAAUUGAGACUUGUUUUGAACAACUAUCAACAAGGAUGCUGAAGUACGCCAUCGGCGAGGUGAAGUAUGCAUGUGAUAACUAUGAGGAUAAGGGUUUAGACGAGUUCUGCGGGUAUGUUGCGACUGAUAGCCACUUCGGUGCAGGGCUGGUCUUCGGGUUUGUGGGUGUCUACGAGCAAGCUACUGGUUAUUGUGUCCGCGACCAAUGCCGUUAG